AUUCACAGUCAGAGAAGAGAGGCUGCCCUCCACAAUCAAAACAGACACACAGUAACUGGAGUUUGCCUUUAAUGAUUGCUACUUUUUUCUCUAUAGUUCAUGCUAUGUAUAUAUAUGUGUGUGUGUGUUUACUGUCUUAUAAAAAAUAAAGCAAGAGAUGACAGGAGCACAUUUUUGGACUUGCUUAUUAUUGAUGUGGAUUCUGGAUGACACAAAUGGGAAAACUCCAGAUGUCGAAGUAACCUGCAUGUUCUCAGAAGACUGUGUCCUUCCCUGCCUCUUUGAACCAGUUGGAGAUGAGAUCAUAUACUGGUUCCGACAGAAUGUUCUAAUCCACAGUUAUAAACAAGGAAGUGGCCUGCUUGAUCAGCUGGACCAAAUCUACAAAGACAGAACAUCACUAUUUACUGACUUAAUUUCCUUUGGUAAUGCUUCUCUUCAUGUCCCAAAAUGCGGGCCAAAAGAUAGAGGGAAGUACAAGUGCCUUGUUACCAACGGUAAAGAGAAGAGUGAGCACUUCUUCAUAGUCAAAGUGAAAGCCACUAUCAAGUCUGUUACCCUCGAAACGACACGUCUCAGUGGUUACGAGGAAGUCAAAUGCUCCACGCGAGACGUCUAUCCUGCUCCCCGUGUAACCUUGUUCACUGAGCCAGAUGUUCUGCCAGAUGCCCUCCAACCUUCCACCCGCAAAGUGGCUGACACGCAGGGCCUGUACUUGGUUGAAAGUAAGCUCAGGAAGUUGAAAGACCGAGAUGAUCUGACCUACAUCUGCCUUGUCCAAUCAUUCUACAGGUCUCAGAUAUGGAGGUCGUCGCUGCAGGAGAAAGAAAUAUACAGUGUUGAGGGUCAGGACCUUAUCAUACCUUGCGAGGCCCCAUGGAACCUGCAGAACUUCACACUGACUUGGUCCUUCAUCAAAGAACACAAGUCCUCAACCAUCUUCACCUAUGAUAGUUUCACACAGCUGAGCUCCAGUGUGUGGGAGGAAAAGUUGCAACUAUCAUCCCACAGUGAUGGGGAUGGUUCACUACAGCUACGCAGUCCACUGAGACUAGAAAACACCGGCACGUACAACUGUAUCCUAUCUGCUUUCCAGACCAAACAUGAAGUCCAUACAAAGCUCAACAUCAUUCCAAUGACUGCUAAAAGACUGCCUAAGAGCUCCCCCCAGUGGUGGAUCCUUGCAGCUGUAAUCACAGGUCUUGUAGUCGCUGCAGUUGCAGCAGUCAUAGGAUAUGUAAAAUGUAAAGUUUCUUUGCCACAAUCAAGUAGAACCCAUGCAGAGGCUACAGAGAUGCAACCAAGCAUAGUGACUAUUAUAAACCGUGGAGCUCCAUCUGAGGAAAGCUGCUUAACAGAAGAGACAUCCAACAGAAAUACAUGAGAAAACAUGACAGGGGUUACAGAAUAAUCUACAGGACUCUUCCUAUUUGAACCAUCUCAGAGCCAAAAGUAAUAGCUGACUGG